AGGGAGGCCGGGCGAGCGCUAGCCGAGAGACGGAGAGCGCGAGCGCCUCCUCCUCCUCCUGGACGUGGCGCCCGCCCCCCGGGCUCCUCCUCGCCGCGGCGCUGCCACGGCCGGCGAGAGAUGUUCACCCGCGCGGUGAGCAGGCUCAGCAGGAAGCGGCCCCCGUCAGGUAAGGUCUCUCUCUCCCACGCGCGCAGCUGCUUUCGCGCCGCGGAGAGCAAGGGCGGUCGAGCCCAGGGCGGCCGCGGAGCGCAAGGGGGCAGAAGCGCCGCGUGCCCUGCCUGAGCCUCGCGAGGGAGGGGGUGGGACUGCUGCUGCCGCCGUCGCCCCGCUUUCCUGAGGGGGCUGCUCCAGUUUGGCGGCUCUUUUCCCUCACGGGAGGAAGCCGCUCGCUGUGCGUUUUGCUUCUCGGCCUCGAGAAAGGCAGCCGGAGGAGGGUAACUUUCCGCAAAGUAAAAGAAGAAGAGAGGAGGAGGAGGAGGAGGGCGGCAGCAGCAGCCCGAGGAAGCGUGCAGCCGAAAGAGGAAGGCGCGCCGCUGGGGUUUGGGCUGUCUGGCUAGCGGUUGCCAGGCAGGCGGAUUCGUGUUAAAAGAGGAAAAGCGAGGGAGGAAGAGAACCUUCGUUUCUCGCCCCCGUUGGCCGAGGAGCGCGGUUGUCAGCGGGGCAUCUGGAAAUGGGAGGUGGAAGAAGCGCCACUUUGGCUUGCAGAUGCGCCCGCCCGCCCGCCGGCUCUCGCUCUCGCCCGGGACUGUGAGUCAGACGACGGGCUGGCUUCGCUCCCGCUGCUGUUACUUUUGUAGCCACCGAGGAGCUUCGAAAGGAGCCCGGCACCCAGGAGAAGAAGGUGGCGCCCGAUGCCACUGGUCUGCACGCCCCUUUCAAGGGAAAAUGCGUCUCAUACGUUCAGCGGUGAAUAACAAGAAGAGACCCAAGUCAGCUUGAGUCAGCUGACCUGGACUUCCACUGGAGGCAGAAAGAGAACUUUGAAAUAAGAACGUAUUUAGGGAAGAAGGGAUGGAUGUCACAAUGAGCAAGCCCUGCUUCAGUCUCUCAAAAAUAAACUCUCACAAGCUUAUUCAUUAAGGACAUAAUGGAAAACAUUGCCUUACCAAAAAAAUGCAGAGAAAUCCAGCUUGUUGCAAAAUGUUUAAACCUGUCUCCUUUGAGCAGCUCCCUAAAAUGCAAUACUUUAUUUCCUGCCAUCUUAAAUCUGACUAUGGAAAGAUGGAAUAAUAAACAUUGUCUUUAAAAGUAUUGAUGGUAAAAGUUUUAGUUUGGGAUUACGAAGUGCAGAUCCUAAUUACCAAAAAAGAUUUGAAUGAUCCCCUCUUCUUCUUCUUCUUCUUCUUCUUCUUCUUCUUCUUUUACACUGUAGAACAGAGUGGUUCUGUUUUAGAGUUCCUGUUUAAGAAUGCUUUUCUGCAUUGUUUCUAAUCACAUUUUAAAGUUUUUGAGGAUGUGCAGACCCAAAGAACCUGCCUUGGAUUUAAACCCCCGGUUGUACACAGUAUUAACAGAAAACUAUAACUUGCAAAAGUAGAAGGGGGUGUGGAAGUUCCCCCAAGUCAUCUGGUUUAAAAAGCCCCCUGACCAUAAGCAUGAAAUGCCUUGGUUUGUACAUUGCUGAUUGAUGCUUGUCCGGUUCUUUUUAAACUCUUCCUUUGACAAUGCUGACUGAUUUAUUGCUCAUAUGAGGCAUGAAGUCCACUGAUUUGUUUUUCUUACAAUUUGAAAGGAAUUUCCCCAAAUAUUCAGCCUAAACUCAGUAUUACAGUUCUAGAUGCAUUCAUCUGAAACUCUUACAGAAACAGGACACUUUCUAGUAAUGUCUUUGGGUUAGGAUCUUAAAUCCAUUAUUGCUCUUCAUGAAUUCCAACUUCCUCACAGCAGCUUUUUCGGAUAGUGCUUAUUUUCCCUCUAAUUUUUUCCAUAGCUUAAAUGCUGUAUUCUCCUGUUUUUUCUCAUAUGUUCCAAAUACUUCCAAAUCAUUCCUACUUGUUGCUGUUCCCUGAAUCUUUUUCCAGUUUACUAAUAUCUUGAAAUUUGAUGUCUGAGUUUGAUGUCCAAUUAGUUUUUUUUAUUUGCUUUGAAAAUAGAUUGCCCCCUCCCUAUAAUUUCAUUGAUUUGAAAAAUUCUGAUUAAUAUAUCUUAACCCAAUAGUCUGUAUGAAUAGUUAGGCUGCAAAGAGCAAACCAAACCAAAGCAUUCUGAGAAGUUGGGGUUGAAAUGUGUAGUAUUAUAAUAUUUGAGUUUGCUUUGUGAGAAAACCUAGCUUUAAACCUAGCCUUUAAAAAAAAUUGUUUUAAAAACAUGAAAUGUACCUUGAGAAGGCUCCUAAAUAUGCUACAUGUGCAGAAUGUCUUUUAGGUUUCCUUCCUCAUAGUUAAAAGUGGAAACCAGUGAUUCAAAAGAGGAUGUUUGGGCUUGUAAUUUGAGCAAACCCAGACAUUCAAAGCACAAGCUACUGUAGCCGAAAUGUCCUUUAGAAACAACAGCUCCUAGAAGAAAAUAGGCAUUGGAACGUCUCAAGUGAUUAUUAUCUACAUGGAAAGUAAGAGGAAUUUACCCCUUUAGUUUACAGCUAUGAAUGAUUUUCACCAUGGGUUAUUAAUUCCAAGCUGAAGUUUGCAAAGGAAAGGGUAUUAUUAUUAUUAUCUUAGAGAAAGCUGCUUAUUGUCAUUAACAUUAACUGUUUGCUUAUUUGCUUGCUUUUCAGCUUUUUUUGGGGGGGGGAGGGUAGAGAUGUAAGUAAUGAGAAAAGAUAAUUUAAGAGCCAGCUUUAAAUAGCUGAUAGAACUUUAUGAAGUUCUGUAUUCACUUUGUUAAGUUCUAUGGCUUACACCAGCUUCUACUUUGAAGAAGACAGUCUAGCAGAUAUCAGUGAGAUUUACAUCUAGAUAAUGUGUGCUGAUUAUCACAACCACACUAUGCACACUUACAUGGAAGCAAGCACCAUUGAACUUAAUGGGUUGACCUGCAAUUGUACUGGCUAAAUAGAGACAAAAUCCUUUUGAGUUAUAGUUAGGCAAGUGAGCUCAGUUAUGAAUGCCACCUGUUUUAACUUGUGUCAGGUGCACAAAUACUUUUGACAAUCCUGUACUAAGUCUUGGAUGCUUGUAUUCUCACAUUUAAGAUAAGAAACUGUACUUGUGUAAUGUGCAUUCAUGUUCUUGAUUAUCAUUUUGUAGUCAAGAAGAAAGGCAUAAACAGGCUAAGGUUUCUCAGCCGUCAUAUGUUUACUGGAUGGGAUCCUAAUCAUACAAACAUAUUGAACUAUGUUUUUUCAACCCUUUGAGUGUAAUUAUUUUUUGCACAGACAUGGAGCCCAUGUGUAGAGGAUUCUCCAUAGGGCUCAGAAGAGGAUUACGCAGUUGCAUGUGUACAAUGGGUCAUUAUGGGGAAUGGGACAAUGGGUCAUUAUGGGGAAUGGGAAGUCUGUAUGUACAUCCCAUAUCCCCAUCCAGUCCCCCAUAUAUCAUGUAAUUGACUAGAAAAAGGAGGAGAGGGCUGGAAGGGUGGAUAAGAUGCAUGCACAGCUUUCCCGCUGAAGGCAGUAGUCUGUUGCCAUAAUAUUUAUAUAGUCAAAUACAAGGUAAAUCUAAAACACAAUGACCCGAUCUACUUAAACUAACCUGGGAGUAAGUAGCAUUUAUAUCUAUGUGGCUAACUUCUUAUUAAAUAUGCAUAGAUUUGCACUGCAUAAGUUCCAAGUAGUGAAUCUAUUUUUCCCUUUCCUACUCGGAGCAUCAUAACAAUUAGAUUUGUGAGUUGUUGGUUCUUGCAAAACAACAACAACAACAACAGGAUACUUGUUUUCUGUAACCAGUGAAAGUUUUAGUGAAACAUUGUAUUAGAUAGUUUGCUAUCUAAUUUGCAUUUUUAGAGGAAGAAAAUAAUUUUUACAGUUAGUAUCCUGUAACCAAUGAAUGUUCUAAUGCAACUUUUUGUUAGAUAAUCUGCUAAUUUUUUUUGCAGAUUUCAAGGAAGAAAUUUAUUUUUUUACAAUUAAUAGGGUAGUGUAAGAGCUCAAUUAAAAACCCAUCAUCUGCCAUUCUAGUAAAGGACAAAACAAACAAAGGCAGAUCCAGCAAACAAUUCAUUCUAACAGUCGUUGCUGCUGGGUCAAUUUUUCCUACUAAUCAGCUUCCAAAAAAAGAAUAAACAACUUCCUGAGAUACAUCAACCAAAGCAAGUAAGCACUCCCAUCAGAAGAUCAAAAGCUGAAUCUAAAUGAAAAUAUGAAGCACUUCCACAUAUCAUUAUUCUUGGCAUUCAGUAACUCUUUAAUAGCCAAACAAAGGAAAUAAUCAAAUCUUAAAGGAGUACUUUGAUCCGCUAUCCGUCAUCUAAAAUGAGAGAAACUUUGAGAAGCACAAUCUCAAAGCAACUACAUAUAUUCCUGUAGUCUGCUCCUAUGAAAUCUGUUUUGUUUUUGCCCAGAGUAGAUGUAUUCAUCUGAAUUUAGCAUUAUGUUUAGGCCCUGAGAACUUCUAAAAAGUUGUCUAAUUAACUUAAUGACCUUUCUGACACUAUACAGUGGUACCUUGGGUUACAGACGCUUCAGGGUACAGACGCUUCAUGUUACAGACUCCGCUAACCCAGAAAUAGUACCUCGGGUUAAGAAGUUUGCUUCAGGAUGAGAACAGAAAUUGUGUGGUGGCGGCAUGGCAGCAGCAGCAGGAGGCCCCAUUAACUAAAGUGGUACCUCAGGUUAAGAACAGUUUCAGGUUAAGAACAGACCUCCAGAGCGAAUGAAGUUCUUAACCCGAGGUACCAUUGUACUGCAGGGAUGGAAGAAGCUUUGUGGUUUGUUAGCAUUAUUAAUUUUAUACCCCACCUUUGCUUCAAUGAGCACAAGGUUGCAUUAUAUGGGUCGUCCCCUGCCUCAUUUUAUCCUCCUAACAACCCUGUGAGAGGUUAGGCAGAGAGAUGGUGGCUGGCCCAAAGUCACCCAGUGAGCUUCGUGACAGGGUGGAGAUUUGAACCCUGAUCUCCCAGAUCCUAGUCCAACACUUUGCAUCCCCAGAUAUUGUUGGACUGAAGAUCCUAUCAUCCCUGACUACAACUCCCAUCAUCUUUGACCACUAGUCCUGCUAGCUAGGGAUCAUGGGAGAGGAAUGGAGGGAGGGAGAAGGAAAAUAUAUCUGGGUACAGCCACCUCCCCACCUUCUCACAAUGUGUCAAUGUCAUUUUUUUCUUUGGUGGGAAAAACCCGUAAUGUUCACACACAAAAAUCCUGCAUUUGCAGAUAUUUUUUUUGCUAAGCUCAGUAAAGAGGUUAAUACCUUCCCUGAACUGAAUAGCUUCCUCAGCUUCUUGUUAAUUUUAAUUUUCUAAAAAUAUUUAAAAUAGUUGCUUGAAACCUUUUUUUUUCACUGAUAAUUUUUUGUUUUAUUCUUUUUGCUGAGGUUUUAUUACAACCGAGCAUCAUCAUAAAUCUCAUGAAACAAACAAAUAAUUUAAUAAAUAUGAGAGAGCAAUAUAGGGUAUUAGUUGCGCAUGUGAGAUUCAGCAAGCUGCAGCAACUACUGCAGGGGAUGCUCACUUGUCAAGAAUAGAGGAAAAAUUGCAGGAAAAUAUGAACUACAGGGCAGCUGGAGGAGGAGAGGGCACAGAGGGUGAAGAAAGAGCUGGGUGUGGAGGGGGCCCUUUCCCCAUCCUUCGGACCCCUGGGAAACUCAACAAACCUGCUGCACCUGGAACUGGUGUGGAGUGUACAGCUGAACAGGACACAGCUGUGGGCACCCUGAGGAAGUACCAUACACCUUGGUCCUGCCCAUAAAGAGCAGGUCUGGAGUGAGAGACUAGGGCAAUGUCCGCUGGUUCCAGGAACUCUUCUUAUUUGUGGUUGAGCUGAGAGUUUGUUUGGAACCUGGGUGAGAACCCGGAGGCUGAGAGGAAGAGUGUGUCAGAGGGAAAAUGAACUGAAAUUUAUUUAUAUAUAUUAGUAACUUUGUAUUAAUGUAAUCUUUUUAAAUGUUAUAUUUUUGUAACGUUUUGUUUAAGUUGUCUGUUGUUGCUUCAGUUUUCUGUACACCUCUUAGAUAUAUUUUUAAUACAUUAGGCGGUAUAGAAAUUAAAUGAUCAAAUCAAAUAAAAAUGUGCAAACCCGGCAUUUUAAAAAUGUGUAGUGAGCAAAAAAAUAAAUACAUUUGCGUCAACUUUAUCCUUCCGCAGCUUCACCAUUUGAUUGCUGCCCAAAUUCAUGGCUUUAGGAAAUGUAAUGUAUGAAUAAAGGAAGGCAAACUCUUGUUGAAGGAAUUUAUUCUUCUCUAAUGCGACUUAUGCCAUAUCCAGUGCUAGGGCAGUAAAAAUGUUUGCUCACGUAUGAAUAUUCUGCCAAAAACAGAAGCUAGUUUUAAGAAAUAAAUUAUUAUAUUUUGGGAAUGCAGACAAGUCUCUCCUUACAAGUGGAUAACUUCCAGACAGUACUGGAGUCAGUGCAGAGUAGUUUAUAUCUGACUGUCAAGUCUCCACAUGGUUAUGUAUAUCCCAAGUCUUCAGUGCUAACCAGCAAUUGCUGUUUCUUCAUUCUCUGGUGUUCCGAAAACUAAGGUAAUUCAUAGCAUUGCCACCUUGGAGGAAGAAAAAAAAUCCUGCUCCUGCGCCUUUAGCAGCAGUAUGCCAUGCAGAAAUGUGGCUUGGGAAGCCUUUUCUAGCAUGGAAGUAAAGCAACAGGAAAAACUUUAGUCGGCUUUAUUUUUCCAUGUCAGAUUGCUGUUGCAGCAUAGCAGGUAAAAAGAAAAAUCUGGCAAAUAAUUCAGCUGGGAUAGCUCAGUUGGUAGAGCACAAGAUUCUUGAUCUCUGGGUUGAAGCCCCAUGCUGGGCAAAAUACCCUUGCAUUGCAAGGGAUUGGAUUAUAUUGGUCCCUUCCAACUCUACAAUUCUUUGAUAGCGAAGUUUGUUGGUUGAGUAGCUGGCACCCUGUAGAGCACUAUGCCUUUUCCCAUAAACGGAAUAACAAAUGAAGUUGCAUUAUAUGAUCAGACUAUAAGCCUGACUUGACCACUGUCACCCUGUUUCCAGGGUCUCAGGCAGAAUUUUCCCACCUAGCCUUGCUACUUGAGAUGCCUGAGAGUGAAUACGAGGCCUUAGAAUCACAGGAGGCUGCCUUAAAACAAACAACACUGUUUUGUCCAUCAAGCACACUACUGUCUAGUUCAGCGGGCAGGCAGAUUUCCUGUGUCAUGUCUGGUUUGAUUUUGAUUUGAGUUGUGUACCUAUGCAGAACUUUUUCCAUUGAACCAGUAACCAGCAACAAAGAGAUUCUCGUUUUAGAGAGUGGAAAGGCACUUUAGCAGUAGGCUGCCUCGUCCCUAUUGGCAAGUACACUUAAGACAUCCACUCAACUUGAUGGGAUGCCUAGAGAGAGAGAGAGAGAUGGAAUCCCUACAGACUACAGCAGUACAGAUGUAGGCUACAGAAAUAAAGUGUAGUGAUUACUGUCAAUCACACCUAUCUGAAAAUCCCAUUACACCUCAAAACCCUCCCCCCCAACACAUCUAAAGGGAGGGAACCAAAUGUUCAUUUGUGGAACUGCAUGAAAAAAAGUUUUAUGUAAUUCCAGCCAACUUUUCACUAAAGCAACUUAUAGCUGCACGCUGCACCUCCCUUCCCCUUCCCUAAAAAACAAAGCCACUUUCCUCCCCGCACCCCAGCACACACUUUUACAUGGGUCUCAAGGUCUUAAUUUUGGAAACGGUCUUGGCAUUUUACCAAGCGUUGUCUCAUAGGUUCGGUGUGUGUGAUGUAAAGCAGAUAGCAGCAUUGACAGUUCCACUGUUUUGCAGCAGAGCUUGGAGACAGUUUGUGGUACAGUUAGGAAAUGAAUGAACUUAAUAAGAUGGCAGUGCUUGUUUUUUGUUUUAAACUUGCUUGUAAAUUACUGGCUUACAUGGCAACUUCAAAACUGCAGAACGGAAAAGGUGCUUUCCUCCCAGUUUGUCUAUGCCUGUCCAGGGCCAUUUUCUCACCUUCCUUUUGGGGAAGGGCUGUUAUAACUCAGCAGCAGAGCACUGUCAGGGAACUGCCAUCAGAGCUAGAGGCGGAGGGAAGGCUCCAGAGGGAUGGCGGAGAGGGUCCCAGUAGGGAGAGAGGCAGCUGGGGAAGGAAAUCAGCGUAACACCAGUAGAGAAGGGGGGCAGAUGGGGGAAUCGGAGAGGAGGCUCCAAGACUCCUCGCCGGAGACCAGCGGAGAGAGUACGGGUCCUCCGCUGCCCACACCCUCCCUGCGCAGAAGGCUUCCACUCAGGGAGUCUAGGCGGAGACUAGGCGUCAAGGAACUUUUGUGCUGGAAGAAGUUUAAGAAACGCCCACUGACGGAUUCUGCCAGUGACUGAGACAGUCACGAUGCUGGAGGCUGUUCAGUCAGAAAGGGUUUAACCAGGUAACCUCGCCAGGAGUGGCGGCAACUUACGCACGAGCAACCCCUAAAUCCAUUACAAGCACAUAUUAUGUACGAAUAAGGUUCAGUCCCUAGCAUCUCCACUGAAAAGCAUCAGGUAGCAGAUGAUGGAAAAGAUCCCUGCCCAAAGCCCAACAGAGCUGUCGCUUGUCAGAGCUGACAAUACUGGGAUAGAGGGACGCAUAAUCUGAUCUUGUAUAAGGUGGUUUUCUGUGUUCUUAUGAUGCUACAGCAUCUUGAAGGACUUGAGCCAGGAUGCUUGGGAGCAUCAGGAAGCCUUUGCUCCUGAACACGGAGGUCUGUGGUCUAUUCCGGGCUAAAUGACACCGCACUGAAAUGUAUGCACAACAUGAGCUUUCAGUUACUUUGGUUAAACAGCUUUGGUUAAACAGUCUCAAAGCUGGCCCCCAGUUCUUAUAAGAGAGGGCAGAGAUGUGAAAAAAAUAUAUUUCAAUCAACUUUAUUUCUAAUUUUUCAGAAAUAAACGACAGCGACAGCAAGCCAAGCAGCAGCCACCAAAGUUUAAAUGGCACUACGAGAUGGGCGACAUCGCUAGAAAAUUUACUGGAGGAUCCAGAAGGCGUCAAGAGAUUUAGGGUUGCUACCUUAAUUACUACCGCCUACAUAUGCUUGGGGGGUGGGGACGCGGGUGGCACUGUGAUCUAAACCACUGAGCCUAGGGCUUGCUGAUUGGAAAAUCAACGGUUUAAAUCUCCGCGACGUAAACAGCAUUUCCGUGCGCUGCUCUGGUUUUGCCAGAAGCGGCUUAGUCAUGCUGGCCACAUGACCCGGAAAAACUGUCUGUGGACAAAUGUUGGCUCCCUCGGCCAGUAAAGCAAGAUGAGCGCCACAACCCCAGAGUCGUUCGUGACUGGACUUAACUGUCAGGGGUCCUUUACCUUUACCUUUUUACAUAUGCUUCAGUACUGUUUCCAACAAUAUGGUGUAGACGCAAUGUAGAAUUAAGUUUUAUUACUUCAUUUUGAAGAAUUUAGAUAAUAAUUGAUUCUGAGGUUAGCUUGAGUAAAAUUUAGUGAGAAUAAAAGACUUGAGAAUCACUGGCAAAAAUUGUUAAGGUGAUAACUUUUUUCUGGACUGAUUCCAUCAUGUUUGACAAGAGGUGUGUGAAGUGCCAAGUUCCAGUCUCUAAAGCUGUGGCAGGAAUCCUUUUUUCUGCCUGAGUUCCUUUGCGGGUAACCUUUCAGGGGCCACACGCUAGUUGAGAGUGGGGUAACAGAUGUGACUUACCUUUGGUCAGUAGACUGCAGUCCAGCCAUGCUCAAAUUAGAGAUCUCUACAUGCCCAUCUCCGCAUCCAUGCAAGCUAGAGGGGUUAUUAUAGUCCAAGGACACAUUCCAGCCAGGCGAAAACAUGAGCCUGGCCACUGAGGCAUACAGCAUGGGGAGAGGGGGUUUGGCCUGUGGAGAGUGAUGAGGGCCAGAUAGAGAAGCCUGGAGGGCUGCAUUUGGCUCCUGGGCCUGAGGUUGCCCACCCCUUCCAUCAGACCUUCCAGUUAAGAUAAUACAAGGUGAGUCUUUUAAAAGAGGCCCUGUGGAACAUGUGUACUCUGUAUCCGCGGGGCCUCUUUUAAAGGACUUGCCCUGUAGUAAGAGAGGCUAGCAAGGUUAUGAUGACCUGGUUUUUUAUUAUCUAACAGCUCGCUCUUUUCUUCAGGAGUUUUUAAAGAAAGAAUUUAGUGAAGAAAAUGUUUUGUUCUGGCUAGCAUGUGAAGAGUUUAAGAAGAUAAAAGAUGAGAAACAGGUAUUGUCUUCGAAACCAAUUUGACUGAAAGAUUCCAUUGUAGUCUUGAGGCAUAGCAUGCAUUUCCUACAAAGCUAUCAGGUAUGCUUCAAAAUCAUGUGAAUAUACAUAGAAAAUAAUACGACCUACUUCUCUUGUGUUUACAACAACAUAACCUCAUUGGGGGUGAGGUAAAAAUGACUGCAGAUGAGGACAGAGUUUUUAUGGAUGUCAAAGCUUAUCGUUCUCUGAUUCUUUUUAAGAUCAAAGAAGUAUAUUCAAUUCUUUUUACUUAAUAUAUGUCUAAAAAGUCUGUAGGAUUUCCUGCUGCUGCAUAUUGAAAUGCAUUUGUUACUGUGGUUUCUUGGCGUAACAUUCAUUAUUCCCCUUUCUCCUGCUUUAGCAAACCCACAGAUGUACAAUAUUGAAAAAUAAAACGCUUGCUUAGUAUAUGUGUCCUUCUGUUUACAGAUGCAAGCGAAGGCAAAUGAAAUUUACAUGACUUUCCUGUCAAGUAAAGCUUCUUUUCAAGUUAAUGUUGAAGGGCAAUCCCGUUUGGAUGAGUCAAUAUUGGAAAAACCUCACCCUCUAAUGUUUCAGAGACUUCAAGACCAGGUAAGGUUCAGAAGCUUCCCUGAUUAGGUGGCUGUCUAGCUACCAACAAGAACACUGAGCUAAAAGAGACACAAGGUCCUGCUAGCUAGGGAUAAUGGGAGUUGUAGUCCAAAAAGCAGCUGGAGACCCAAGUUUGGGAAACACUGGUGUAGGUGCAGCUCCACAGUGAUUAAUCUUCCCCACACAAAUUGCCAAGCAUUUUUUAAGGCACUUUAUUGAAAGUUUCUGUGGGAAGACAGAGGCUUUGGGAUUCUGGAAUUAUUUUUGUGGCUCAGAAGCUGAUAUAUGUCAAAAAGUGCAUUUGGAACACUGGCAAUGGCUCAGGACCCCAGGGGAGGCCACCUCUUCCUAUAUGAACUAACUUGGACCCUGCAAUCAUCAUUUGAGGCCCUUCUCCAUGUGGCAACUCAACAGGAGGUCCAGAGAGUGGCAACAUGAGAAUGUCCAUUUCAGUGGUGGUUCCUCACUGAACAUCAGUACAUAUCUUUAGGUACCAGGGAAAAACAUUUCUUUUCUGCCAGGCCUUUGGCUUUUUAUUACCUGUGGCCUCCUUUAGUGAGUGUGACGUUUUAAUCCUGCCUUUAAAAAAUAUUAUUUGCUUUUAAGUUUUCCUCUGUUUUGUUUUAUGCUGGCUUCAGUGUAUGUGCUUGCUUGUUUAUACAUUGUUAUACAUUUGAGUUACUUUGGUAAAAAAAGAAACUAAUAAGUUUAAUAAUAAAUAAAUGAAUAAUAAAAGUUACCUAGUUUUGUUGGAAGUGCUAGAUCUCACUAAUGCUUAUGGGGGAAACUUCAUUCCAAAGCACUGAUAUCAGAUGUUCUCUACCCAUAUGCAUAAAGUGGUAAAGGAUUCUUUAGGUUGUUUUUUCUCAGUCAUGAGGACCAGAGACUUUAUCUGUGUGUAUUUUUUAUUUUUUUUUAGUUUUAAAAAGCUUGAAUUUGUAUAUUUUGUGCUAGGAAAAAAUAUUUUGUGCUGUACUGCAGUUUCACAGUCAUACCAGUUUCUGUGAACAGAUUAAUCUUGGGGAGGAAAGCAAGGCUCAGAACACCAACCUAAGCAUAUUUACUCAGAGGUAAAUAAACGUCCAAGUAAAUAUGCCUAGCAUUGCAAUAAAUAGGCUUAUAUGCCUAGCAACAUUCAUAUUGUUUAUCUACAUAAAUCUGUUUCAUUUGCAGGGUCUGGCAAAUGGCACUCAUUACAUUUAAAGCAACAGAGAAAUACUGCAGGGUGCUUAGAGUCAGUGCUUUAUAUUGCUUUAUACUGGUUAUGAAUAGUGUCCAGUAUCUGACAUAAUGAAUUAUGAGAGUUAUGAACAUAUUUCUCAUGAACCAUUUAUUAGGACCAAAGGACCAGCUUUUAUUGGCUGCAUUUGGGUAAUCAUAUCUCAGCUUACUAAGCCCAGAUACAAAUGAGCCUUAUGGCUGAGCUGCAGCCGUUCACUGCUUCCUUCAAGCAAGCUGCAGAACAACGCAGGAAGUCUAGGCUUAACAGCAUCAAAAUAGCAUAUUAAACCAUGGUUUGAAGUUGGUAUAAUAUCCUGAGUUGUUCCGAAGCUGUUAGCCACAGUUUACCUGUUUGGAAGCUAUAGGGAGUAUAAAGCCUUCCUACUUUGUUUCGCUGCUUGCACAAAGGGAAGGAACGAAGGGGUUAUAUAUGCAGCCAAAAUACACGUCCAUAUCUUUAUUUUAUUAAGCAAAGAUAUGAUUGUUCAAGCUCACUUAGUGUGUCCCCCCCAAUCUUAUUUCAUCACGUUAAAACAGUAAAGAUAUCCAGCCUACCUCAUGAGCCUUGGACAAGUGCAGUAAAUUUUUAGCCCUGAUUAGCUCUGUUUAGAAAACUAAAUUCCCAGCAAUUCACAACACAAGUCACCAAGGACAGCAUGAUGAUUGCCUCUCCAUGGUCCAGUUAUGUCACUUCCCUUCUCUCUGACUCAAGUGAAUGAACUGAUAAGAUGGAGCUCAGGCAGGCUUUAAGGUUUGUUUGUACAAUUGUCCAAAUUCUAAAGGCACAAAGAUACAGGAAGCUGACACAUCACUCUGAAAAAAAAAAAAUCAUUUGAAGGGUGAGUGGGACCAAUUAUAUUUGCUAAUUUGAGCUAGGAGAGAUUCUGCACUAAAAAGAAAGAUGGGGGAGGGCAUGCAAGUUAAGCUUGAUUCCCCAGCGAAUCAUAUUUGAGCAAAUACUUCCAAUUGUAACAUUUCAAACUGUUAGCAUACUUCCAAUUGUAACAUUUCAAACUGUUAGCCUGAACUGUGAGAGGCUGCAUGUGUGUGUGUGUGUGUGUGUGUGUGUGUGUGUGUGUGUGUAUGUGUGUAUAUGUGUAAAAUAAUUAAGAAUGAAAGAGUGAAGAAAAGAAUAAUGAAGGCCCGCACAUGCCUCUCCCUUUCCUUCAUGAGGGUCCUAAUGCAGGAUAGCAUUUUAAAUUUAGAACACCAAAUUUUAAAAUGUAGCAGUUCUUUGUAAGCUCAUUUAGAUGGUUAUUAGAAAUGCAAAGGUUGUGUUAACCUGCCAGAAGAGCCAUUGAUUAACAAUUCUCAAUAUGUGUUACGACCUGAUUCUAUUACAUAUGGAUUGGGCCCCAUCACCCCUUCUGCCACACCUUUUGCUGCCAUGGUGAGUGGGAGGGCUGGAUGCCUCGGUGGCUCCACAGAGCCCCCCUGUUGGUGGUAGAAGGUUUGAAUUACAUCCUUAGUUUGUGGCAGCUUGAAUUCUAGUUGCCUUUUAAGUCUCCUUUCUUUCAUUUUUUAAAAAAGGUAAUUGAAAUAUACUUGGAGUCCUGUAGUGAUUUCAUGCUCUUUAUUGCAGCUUGUAAAACAGUGAUUGAAUUGCACCCCCCAAACCUCAGGCUUUUACAUACAUUAUUUACACAAUGAGUCCCAUCUGAUUGACUGAUUCUGCUUCCCUCCUGAAGCCUGAUUGGUCUUUUCCUGCAGGCUAAUCAGUUGUUGCAUUCUAUGAUCCUACCAGCCUAAUAGGCUGAUUAACUUCCUCCUGGAGCCUGAUCGGUCUUUUCCUACAAGCCAUCAGUUGUUGCAUUCUAGGAUCCUACUUGCCUAUUGUUCUAGGAUCCAAGCUUAGUACACAACAGUAACCCCAUGCAAUAAAGUAUCUUUCGUGAGGUGUGGGUACAAACCAAUGCCCAAUCACAUAUAAUUUAGUAAAGCAAUUUUUAACAGUAUCAGAGAGCACAGAGCUCAAAGCAUUAAAAAAUAAUCAACAAACGUAUUUCUUAGUGCUACCUUAUUACAUUAUUUGUUCAGGUCAAUAAGGCAAUUAGAAGCUGCAGUUACAUUAUCAUUCCUUUUCCAAGCUGUGUUACAGGGUCCAACACCAAAAUUGUGUGCAUUUUUUAAAAAAACCAAGGAAUCCAUUGUUUACAAGUUAUGUUUUCCCCCCUGCUUUAAAUGUGACCACACACCCCUCCAACUAGUACUGGAGAAAUCCCCACCACUGCUCUCAUAUUUCAGAUGCUGCCCUUCUCUGACCUGUAACUAGACUGUGAUGCAAUCCCACAGGUAUAUUUCUGUCAUGCUCUGAAAUCAUUUCCUUCACCAUUAACUCUGAUCCCUGAUGAAACUGACAAGCUGAAAGUUUUACCAAUGCUCUCAGUUGUGUGUGUUUUGAGUACUAGUGUGCAUGCUAUUUCUGCUAUACAUAUAGCACCCCUGGAAGGAACCCCCCUCCUGCCUAAACUUCUCCCUUCAUCAUUGGAAUGGCUGAGGUAAUGUCUCUAGGGUAGACUGUAUACUUUUUAAUUGAAAAAUGGCAUAAGUUGUGUCUUUAUCACAACAACCCAAAAUCACUGAUAUGCAGUUCAUAGUAGUAGACCAACUAGUUACCUAGUUGAGAGGGGUUUGAGGCCUGAACAUUAUAUCCAUGUCUUGAUGUGAUAGUUUUCUUUGUACAGAAGUUUGUUACAUUAGAUGACCAUUGAGAAAUGUGGUUUCAUAGCUGAAUCUGUUGUUGCACAAACCCUAUCAUAUGAUCUCUAUCAUAUGAUCUGCUGAACACUCUCUUUCCUUCCCUAAUACCAACAUUCAACCAUGUUUGCCUGGUGUUUUGCUCAAUGUAUCUUAAGAACUUUGUAUACAAAAUGUGCAACAAUGAUGAACAACAAUAUCCUCUAGUCUAGUCCGUCAAUAUGAUAUCUUCUUUUGGCAAUCACUAAAUGUGGUAUGCAAAAAGUGUUACACUGUUGAAGAAUGAUAUAAUUCUUCCUCAAUUAGGUUCCUCAAUAUGAUACCUUUAUUUGGAAGUCACUGAAUGUGGCAGAUUAGAAAUGCUUCCUUUUGCUUAAACUAAAUUACAGCUUCGAGGCAUCUUAAUAGUUUGAAAAUAAGCAGCACCACCAAGCUCCUUAUCUGGUAAUCAUGAUGUUGUAGCUGAAACACAAAAGAUACAUUUUAAUUUAAAAGUUGUUGCAAUAUGGCUGAGUUGUGCUGAGUUCUUGCAGCUGUGGGCUAAAAAAGAGAAGAAAAAGCCUGCAGUCCACUAGCCAUAAAUAUGAUGUUUUAGAAACAGACUUUUUGAAACUUCUGCAUAUGAGAUUUUGUUCCCAAUUUGGGUUGAGAAUGCAAAACAUUCCUUAAUAGUUUAGUGACUCUAAGCACUGUGCAGUGAAAUCCAUCACAACUACUCUGAUUAUUCUGCAGCUAGAGGAUUAUAUAGGCUUCUAUUCUACUUCCAUUACUAUUUCAUUUCUCUCAGAUCCUCCUUUUCCAAUCUUAAAUUCAGUUCUCCACUUUUCUGAAGCAAUUUGCAUUCUCCCCCCCUUUUUUUUUUAAAAAAAGAGAAUUCUUGUGAAAAGUCUUUAGCACUUAGUGCAAAUUUCUCUCAGUAAAAAGAUUUUUGUGUGCAGUGGUACAUCGACUACAUCAGACCUGGGUGGUAUCAUUAACUGUGGACCAUUUGGCAGGCUGCUGUGAGAGAUUAGUGAAGCACUUUGGGGGCAAAAUCAUUCAGAUCCAUGCUGAACUUGAGGCCAUAAGAGGUCCCCGGAGUACCAUGCAGUUACAGCCUGUGGGAUCAGUUUCAGUUAUUGCAGCCUCGGGACAUGAGCAGGACACUUGCAACAACCAUAUUGGCUAACAGCUCACUACACGAGGGACUUAUGCCCAGUACCCUGAAGAGAAGUGUCUGUCUUUUUCAUUAGUUUAAAAUUAAAAGCACUCCUGAAAUAAACUGUUCCUGGCAACCUUGAUGUAUUGAUGAUAAUGAUGAGGAUGAUGAUUUUAAUUCUACUGUUUUGCUAUUUUGUUUGUCAGUCUGAGCUGGCAAUAUCAUGCUGCUAGACCAUUUGUAGUAUAGUUUUGCAGCAUCUUAACAAGAAAAUACAAGAAGGUUAUUAGUGUUAUGUCUGUCUUUUAUUAGAAAAUAAAAGAUAGUGAUAAAUAAAUGACUGAUUUUAAAUAAGUUUAUGGAGCUCAAAAAUGGCAAGCAUGAUAGGUAGGGCAUAUGUGCUGGGCUUCAGUGGCUCCCUUUUACAGCAGCAGGUUUUGGCAAAAUAUAGCUGGAUGUGCACACAGAAAACACACACGGUACUCCUGAUGGUGUGACAAGUUAAUUGCAAGUCAGUGGCCAUUUCACUUGUAACAAUGAUUGGGUAGUACUAGGAGCCACCUGUCUGGAAACAGGCAAAGUUGGACUUACCUGUGGGUUGCAGCAAUUUUGUUGGUUGCUCAUAAGUUGUUGUUUGUUUGUUGUUGUUGUUAUAUAUCAUGGGUAGGCACACUAAGACCCAGGGUCCGGAUCCGGCCCAAUCGUCUUCUAAAUCUGGCCCGCGGACGGUCUGGGAAUCAGCGUGUUUUUACACGAGUAGAAUGUGUCCUUUUAUUUAAAAUGCAUCUCUGGGUUAUUUGUGGGGCAUAGGAAUUCGUUCACCCCCCCCAAAUAUAGUAUCCCCCCCAAAAAAGGUCUGAGGGACAGUGGACUGGCCCCCUGCUGAAAAAGUUUGCUGGCCCCUGUUAUAUAUAUUUAUUUAUACCCUGCCUUUCCCCCUGACUAGGCAAUAAAAUAAUUACAAUAUAAACAGUAGAGCACCAGCCCUUUAAUUAAAAGCAGCUCAUUCCCAAAAACCCAUUGGAAGGACAGCAAGGAGGGAGCCAGUCUAGCUUCUCUAGGGAGGGAGUUCCAAAGUCUGGCAGUAGCCAGUUGGCUUACUGCACUACAGGGUGUCAGGAAGGCUGUGCCAAGAUGGAACUUUGAAUGAGUGAUCUAGGAUAAAAUAACACCUGUAUACUGAGUCAAACCAAAAUUUAUUUAUUUAUUUAUUAAAUUUAUAUACCGCCCUAUACCUGGAGGUCUCAGGACAGUUCACAGAACAAAAUCAGAAUAUAAAACCACAAUUUUAUAAUCUAAAUAAAAACAACAACCCAAUAACCCCCCCCCAAAUAGCCACAUUUUAAAAGGGCAUAGGAUGUCAAUCAGAUCAACCAAAGGCCUGGUUAAAAAGGAACGUUUUUGCCUGGCACCAAAAGGUGUAUAAUGAAGGCUCCAGGCGAACUUCCCUGGGGAGAGCAUUCCACAGAUGGGGAGCCACUGCAGAGAAGGCCCAUUCUUGUGUUGCCACCCUCCAGACCUCUUGAUGAGGAGGCACAUGAAGAAGGGCCUCAGAAGAUGAUCUCAGGGUCCAGGUAGGUUCAUAUGGGAAGAGGCGGUACUUGAGGUAUUGUGGUCCUGAGACGUUUAAGGCUUUGUAGGUCAAAAUCAGAACUUUGAAUUAGUGGCUUUACUUAAUAACAGUGUUUAGGAAGUCUUGUACUUAAAAAAAAACUAGUAAAACAAAGCUUUCAUUUUAAUUUUUGAUUCUGCAGUAGUUACUUGGUUGCAUUUGGGGAUAUGCUGUUCUGGCUAAGUUCAGCAGUGGGAUAUUUUCUACAUAAGACAAAUCAUAACAUAACAGAGUGGUUUCCGGUCAUUUAUCUGACAAUGGCUAAAUUGGAUUGUUAUAAAAAGGAAUAGCAGUAUAUUGUGCCAUACAUAGUACUCAAGAUGUAUUUUUUUUUUAAAUGUGAUAUUGCUAUUAUUAUUAUUAUUAUUAUUAUUAUUAUUAUUAUUAUUAUACCCUGCCUAUCUGGCUGGCUUUCCCCAGCCACUCUGGGUGGCUUACAACAUAUCUAAAAUCAUAAUAAAAGUACCAAUCCUUAAAAACUUCCUUAAACGGGGUUGCCUAUUGCAUACUUUUAAGAUAUGUAGUUACCCAACAAAUUCUAAAGCUGAUCAUAUUUUAUUUGGGAUGGCUAUUGUGAGGUAAUAGUAACAACAUAUUCUCCUUAGUACAGCUGACACAGAUUUGUUCUUUUCAUUUAAUAUGUUGAAUUAUGGUCUAACAGUUUGGGGGCUCAUUGAAGAUCUCUGUUGUACGACUUUCUUAGUUUAUGUGUUUUAAGGCUUUGUUUCAUCUAGAUUGUUUUCCCUGCCCCCCCCCUUCAGAUUUUCAGCCUCAUGAAGUACGACAGCUACAGCCGCUUCUUGAAAUCAGAAGUGUUUCUUAAGCUGAAGCAGACCGAAGAACAGGAAGAGAAUUUACCAGAUGCUCAAACUGUAGCGAAAAGAGCUUCGAGAAUUUACAACACAUGAUUGAAACAACAACAAACAGUAGAUCCCACUGAGACUACAAUAACCAAAUGAGUUCUCAGGAUUAGUCUGUGAGGUUAACACAACUGCAUUUCAAGCUUGGAAAACAUAGAACCCUGUUAGGCGAUGCUUAACCUUCGUUGCUUGAAUGACAUAACUGUUUUUGCAUAAUGGCUACCACCGAAACCCUCGGCCAAGGCAGUUACACUAAACCCCUAAAAGGACUGAAGGACUCAAGAGUAAUCUGUGAACAGAAAACUCGGUUAUUUUUACCUUCUGGUUUUGAUACCGUUCCUUGUGAAUCAUUAUUAUUUUUUAAGUGGGGAUGUAGCAUAAAAUUGUGAUAAGUUUAAAAACACAGGUAGUAUGAGGGAGAGGCAGUAUACCUGUUUUUUUAAAACACUCUUAGAGCCUUGUGUAAAUAGACUUUCCACUUUUUAAGCUUUAACUGUUUUUUGAGCGGGUUCAAAUUCUGCCUAAAUUUUGCUUAAACUGAAGUAAAAGAAAAUGAAUUGAAAUAUUUUUCUGAUACUGACAAGAAUAGAGAAGCCUCUGUUAAGGGAAGCACAAAGGCAGGAGACUAUUCCUCUGAGGCAUUAGUUUAAAACCAUGCCUACCUUUUUUUCCCUGGAACUAAUCAAAAUAAUUGAAAAACAAUCAUUUUCUCUAUCUUUGUAAUACAACACAUGCUAUUCACUCUAAAAGCUGCUUUCAGAAUGGCUUUUGUAGGGUUUUCUGUGGCUUGGUUUUAAAUCUGUUUGUGCUAGGGAAAGAUUGCCUAUUUCUCCUGUGAACCCUUAUUGUUCAGGGUUCUUACUUUUUCUCCCCCUUCUUUGUUCUGAAACUGAGACUCCCUAACUGAAUUUCAAGAAGAGUGUUACUAAUUUUGUCAAACAACAGCUAGCUUACUGCUGUAACAAACCUAGGCCACAAAUUACCUUUUGUCUGCAUUCAAAGUACGCUUAGACUUGGAGACUGGCCAGUAGCAUCCUUCUGCAUUAAUCUACCCAGAAAGACGAAAUGCAAAGCUAGUGCCUCACCCAGUGAGUGUCUAUUUCCAGCUCAACAGCAAGUAUGAACUAGCUUUUAAGCCUUGUGUACUUGUUCCAAGGAAUUCUGUCUCGGUUGCCAAAAUUUGUUUCUUUUCUUUUGUACAGACAUUCUAACCAGGUUUUAUUUUCACCUGCUUUUGUCCUAAACUUGUUUGUAUAUUCUGCAGCAGCGCACUCCCUUAGCAAUCAAAACAACCCCUCUCCAAGUUGUGGAACCAGUCUGCACAUCACAUCACAUCAUAGUUUAAAGCACGCUAUGGUUUAAUGUGAAUGAUCCACGCCAUGAAUUAAUGUUAAUGUUGGUGCACGCUGCUCACAAGGUGCUCUUGUCCUGGUUUGUUUCCCACAAGCAAAACACAAGCUGUAAGCCAAGGAGAGACGUUGGCUCCUGCUCAUGGUUUGUUUAGAUAGAAACUAUCCACAAACCUGGGUUCAAGUGACAUGACUGACUUUGGGGGGGAAAGGAGCAUCGUGGAAACAUUUGAGUUAUAUGCACAAGCAUGAUGCUUAUUCACAUUAAACCAUAGCUCAGUUUUAAACAGCAGCUUAAUGUGAUAUGUGGACCAUGCUACAGACUCUGCUCAUAUUGGAUUUCACUCUACGUGUGAUUCCCCCCCAAAAAAAUUUACAACUCCUGCGACCAGCUUGUCUGCAGUUAGAAAAAUAGUACCAUAAACUUUGGAGGGACCAGCUGCCAUCCUUUUGGCUGCUUAAGAAAGACCUGUGUGUUGUGUGGGAAGGCAGGAGUGAGGAAACAGAGGCAAGGGACCACCCACCAUUCACUCCUGUGAAGAGACCAUCAGUCAGCCCAAGAGGAGUCUGAUUUUUUUAUAUAUUAUAACAUUUAUUUGGUUUAUUACUUUUUAUAUUGUAAACUGCCUUGGGUGCCUUGGCAGUAUAUAGAUGCAAUAAAUAAAUAAAUAAAUGUAAUAUGCCUUACUCAAUUAUUUCUUACAAACCUAUUAUUUGUGUGUCCAUAAAUUCCUGUCUCACAUCCCAAGAAGCAUACUAUCUAGCAAAGGAUUCAGCAUAACUCACCUGUCAGUAGUUUCACCCAUGAAUUUAAGAAUGAUUGGCAACUCACCAUGCAAACAGAUGUACCUGAAAAUAGAUGCUGCUAUGCUCUAGAAGUGUAUUCCCCAUGCUGCUGUGUGCACCUAAUCCAUUGGUUCCACUGGUUUGCAGAAGCAUUGCCUGGCUAGCUAUGCACAGAGAUAUUUGACUGGAACUUCUGACAUCACAUUCCCUGUUCUCUUCCUAAAUCAGUCUUGCAGCAUUUAUCCCGCUUUAAAAUAAGGGAACAAUUUUAAGCUCAUCAAGUUCUGCUUGAAUGUGCGUGUGCAUGUUAAAAGAACAGCUGCUGAGAUAUAAAGCACAUUAUGGACAAAUUCCAAUUUCUAGUACAGUACUCUGCUUCAAUACACUACACAAAUGAUAAUUGAGAGGUUUUAUUGAGUUUGUCAGUCUUGAAAAUAACCUUGUUUGGAUUUGCCUGUUUCCUAUGUGCAAAUGUUGGUGAUGCCAACGGAACGGUGAAUAUAUCUUUCUAGUUGAUGUUGAUAUUUGAAUUUGGCUGCAUUUGGAAACUUUCCUCCUUCUCUAUGACUGAGAUGAUGAGCAAAGGUAAACUAUAAAAAUUACAUAG